UUGUCUCACACAAGGGAGCAACCCGUACGCAAAAUGUGUACUUUAGAACCCUACUACAGAUGAAUUCAAGGUCAUUCCACCUAGCCUUUUUGAGUAUGUACCUUAUCAUGACACUAUGAAGACCUUUCAUGGUUUUGGUUAUGACCAUGUUAGAGAUGACUAUAAAAUGAUUCGACGAUUAGAUUUCUUUCUUGAUGGCCAAGCAGAUGUGCCAUUUGAUGAACCUAUAGAUUCUGCCUCGAUCUGGGAGAUAUAUAGUCUAAGAAGUAACUCUUGGAGGAAACUUGAUGUUGACAUGCCUUCUUGUAUUAUGGAUGAGGGAGUGUACAUGGAUGGAUUUUGUCAUUGGUCGGGUAUAGAUAGUUUCCAUAGUCUUAGUAAGGUUGGGCCGUGUUUGGUAUCAUUUGACUUGUGCAAUGAAGUGUUCCUUACAACACCUCUUCCCUCAGACAUGGUUGACGAUUAUAAUAUUUGGCGCAUGGUGUUGUUAAAUGGAUCCAUUGCUCUCAUAAUAUAUGAUGAAUCGACUACUUUUCACAUAAGAAUAUUGGGUGAACUCGGUGUGAAGGAAUCGUGGGCUAAUGUCUUCAUUGUCAAGCCAUUACCUUGCGCUCAACAUCUUAUUGGAGUAGGAGAGAAAGGCGGUAUAUUCUUGAGAAAAAAUGAUGAUGAACUAGUAUGGUAUGAUAUGAGUACUCAGACGAUUGAGGAGCUUGGUGUUAAAAUAAGCCGAGGUUAUUGUAACAUUGUAGUUUAUAAGGACAACCUUCUCCCAAUUGUAGGUUUAUGACUUUGGUCAAUAGGAAAUAAUAAUGAAAAAAUGAUUGAAGUCAU